AUGACAUCAGGACGAAGAAAAGAAGACAACGAAACCUGGUGGUGGAAUGAGGAAGUGCAGGAUAGCAUAAAGAGGAAAAGACUAGCAAAACGAAACUGGGACAGACAUAGGGACGAAGGAAGUCUUCAGGAAUACAAGGAAAUGUGUAGCAUAGCGAAGAAGGAAGUGGCAAAGGCAUAUGAAGAGUUAUAUGAGAAGUUAAAUACUAAGGAAAAGGAGAAAGAUCUCUACCGACUGGCCAGACAGAGAGACAGAGAUGGGAGGGAUGUGCAGCAUGUUAAAAUGAUAAAGGAUGCAGACAAAAAUAUACUGACAAGGGAAGAGAAUGUAUUAAAAAGAUGGAAGGAGUAUUUUGAGGAUCUGAUGAACAUCGAAAAUGAAAGGGAAAGAAGGUUAGAGGAGGUAGAAGAGUUAAAUCAGGAAGUGCCAAGGAUCAGUAGAGAAGAGGUGAGGAAGGCUUUCAGGAGCAUGAAGGGAGGUAAAGCAUUAAGCCCAGAUAAGAUACCUGUGUAA